AUGACUUCCAGUAAAUGCAAUGUGCCUGACGAUCACGAAGAGACCGAACCUACUGGAGAUAUAAACGACAUCGAGAAGCAAGAGAAAACACCCUAUAUUGUCUGGGAGGAUGUCAAUCAUCCCGGGAGGGGCCGUUUAGAUGGUAGAACCGUUCGCCGCCAAUCGCGCAGUAGAAGCCAAGGUUCUAUUUCGAGUGUUCGAAGUCGUACACACUCUGCAUCUGGCAUUCCUACCGAGUUCCGCACGCUUUCCAUCCAAGUGAGCGAGAGCAAAGCCAAAGCAAGAGAUCCGCCAUUGAAAAACGGCGAAGAUACCAAGAACGCGAACAGCGAUUACUUUGGACAACUCGACUACCACACACUGAGCCCACCCGAACACACGUGGCGGAAAAUCUUUUGGUAUGUGUUUGGAGGCUUCUGCUCCGUUCUAUGGAUUGGAGUCAUCAUCUUCUUCAUAUGCUGGAGGCCUUUGGGAGACCCUCACCCUGCAGCGUAUAACCUGGGCCUGGCCAUCUUAGUGCUCAUCGUCAUCCUCCUUCAAGCUUGCUUCUCGGCCUUCCAAGAUUGGUCAACGAAGCGAACGAUGCAAUCAAUCUUGGACUUACUUCCCUCAGAUGCGAUGGUCCUCCGUAACGGCUCAUUUAUCAAGGUUCCUUCUACUAAUAUAGUCGUCGGUGACAUUGUUCGUAUUUCCAUCGGCGACAAAGUACCUGCCGACAUGCGUUUGUUGACCACUUUGGGCGAUGUACGGUUCGAUCGUUCGAUGAUAACUGGAGAAGCCGAGGAAGUCGACAGUGCGCUUGAUUCUACGGACGAGAACUUCCUCGAGUCGCGCAACAUCUCCUUCAUGGGAACUAUGGUGGUCAAUGGCAGCGCUGUUGGCAUUGUUGUGUUGAUAGGAGAGAAUUCUGUCAUGGGUCGUAUCGCGCAGGCAACGUCUGGAGUCAAGGAAGAACCUACCCUUAUCCAACGCGAGAUUAGUCGAUUCGUCUAUAUUAUCGUAUGCUUGACGGUAUUCCUUGCGCUCUUAUUAUUAUUCGUUUGGGUCGGGUGGUUACGAAAAGACCACAAGGGCUUCCUCUCCGUCAUCGCCAUGCUCAACAAUGUCAUGGGUUGUGUCGCCUCAUUCAUUACCGAGGGUAUGCCCGUUGGCGUAGCGCUGACGCUCAUGAUGGUAGCGCGACGCAUGAAGAGUGCCAAUGUCUUGCCCAAAGGACUAUCUACAGUUGAGACUCUCGGAUGUGUCAACGUCAUAUGUUCCGACAAGACAGGCACUCUGACUGAGAACAAAAUGACUGUCACUUCAAUAGGAUUUGUGGACGAGCUGAAGUCUGCUGAUGACCUUGCGCCUAUGCUCGCUUCUGAAAGCUAUCCAGGGGCUUUGCAAGACCUCCAUAAGGCCGCCAUCUUGUGCAACGACGCCAUGUUUGAUCCAACAACUAUUCAAUUGCCCGUAAACGAAAGAGCCAUUCAAGGCAAUGCGACCGAUGGAGCUGUGUUACGCUUUGCUGAAGGGGCGAAACUGGGGCGUCCUCUCCACGAGACUUUCCCUCGCGUCUUUUCGAUCCCGUUCAACUCAAAGAACAAAUGGAUGCUCUCGGUACAUGAACAAGGGAAGAAAUGCAAAGAAUCGGAAAAGCCAGAAUUUUUAGUACUUGUCAAAGGCGCGCCCGAUGUGCUACUCCCAAAAUGCUCCUCUUGGCUGUCAUUCCAUACAAACACUGUCCAACCACUGGAUAGUGAAGCGUGUCACCUUCUAUCCCAGGCACAAGAGAAACUCUCGCGUAAUGCAGAACGUGUUAUCAUGCUCUGCCAGCGGCGAUAUGGGCCAGUUGCAUCCCUGCGCUCCAACGCCUUUUCGGACGAACUUACUGAGCAUGCUCUGACUGAUCUCACUAUCAUCGGCAUUUUGGGCAUCCUCGACCCCCCACACCCAGAAUCAGCUGAAACUGUUGCAACAUGUCGUAGAGCUGGUAUCAGAUUCUUCAUGGUUACAGGUGACUUUGGUCUCACGGGAGCUGCAAUCGCCCGGCGAAUCGGCAUCUUCUCUAGUGAUAGAGAACCGGACACAAUAGCGAAAAUCAUAGAUCACAAUGCUUCUAGAGGCACGCAACUUGGCGAUCUGAGCGACGCUGAUUGGGACGUGGUUUGUCAAUACGAGGAAAUUGUGUUCGGGCGCACAACACCUGAACAGAAACUGCGCAUUGUCAAUGAGCUCAAGCGACGUCAAAAUGUAGUCGCUGUGACUGGAGAAGGGGUUAACGAUGCCCCUGCCCUUCGUGCUAGCGAUGUAGGUAUCGCUAUUGUGUCCGGUUCUGAUGUUGCUCUGGAAGCCUCCGACUUGGUCCUGAUGGAUAAGUUCUCUUCAAUCAUCGAUGGUAUUCGUCUUGGGCGACUUGUAUUUCAGAACCUUCAGAAAGUUAUUGGAUACCUCCUGCCCGCAGGGUCCUGCUCUUUUCUCGUGAUUAUCAUUUGUGUUUUCACGGAUCUCUUCUGCUCGCUCUCCCUUAUUAUGGAACGUGAGGAGUUUGAUCUUCUCUCACUACGUACGCGACAUACCAAGCGCGAUCAUCUCAUCAACGUCAAGAUCUACAUACAGUCAUAUCUCUUCAUUGGAGUGAUGCAGACUAUCUGCGCGCAUUCCAUGUUCUUCCUUUAUUAUACAGACGGUUUCUAUGGGUACAGCAUGGACGAACUCAACCACUUCAACACCGUCGGGCAAUGCGUCUACUUUGUCACUCUUGUCAUUUUACAAUGGGUCAAUAUUCUAUCUAUCCGCAACAAGCACCUCAGCAUCCUACAGGCCGACCCGUUCCGCAAAGACAGGCGCAAUCCUUGGCUCGCUGCGGGUAUUCUUGUCAGCUUGUGCAUUGCUAUCUUUGUAACGGAAGUUGAAGGCAUACAGAAUCUGUUUGGUACUGCUUCGGUACCCAUGGAGUUCUGGCUCAUUCCAAUACCAUUGGCGCUCGGUAUUAUAGUCAUGGAUGAGAUGAGGAAGUUGGCUGUUAGGAUGUGGUCAAACGGGCCGAUUGCACGCAUCGCGUGGUAG